GACGCAUGCGCAGUGGCCGCAGGCAGCUGGACUUUAUAUAGCUUGGCGCCAGCUAUUCAUUCAUUCGCACUCAACAACACUGCGGCGAAAAGAUCCAAGAAUUGUUUAGAAAAUGUCAAAACGGAGUGGUCGUAACACAUUACAAGAAAGUAAUCAAAACAAACCCGAACAGAACAACAAAGUUCAACGGAAAAGAAAGGGCGAGUGCAAUAGAAGGAUCCCUACAGCCAAGAAACAGCACUAUGAAAUUCAGAACCGGUGUUCUGAAGGUGACAUUAGCCCCAGUGUCUUAAUCGAAACGCCUCAGAAGGAGCUUCAAGAGACCAAUAAUCCUUCUGGUUUUAAACGCUUCCAGUUCAAAAACCUCUUUGUUAAACCUUCUCCACUGCCAAACCUCAGCUGGGCCAGUUCAGAUGAUGUGUGGAUAAAGAUGCUGAACAAGGAGCUGAAGUACGUACAUGACAAGGGCUUCAUCCAGCAGCAUCCAUCCAUGCAGCCCAAAAUGAGGUCCAUUCUUCUGGACUGGCUCAUGGAGGUGAGCGAGGUUUACACGCUCCACCGGGAGACAUUUUACUUGGCUCAGGACAUCUUUGAUCGCUACAUGCUGACUCAGAAUGACAUCGGCAAGGAUCAGCUACAGCUCAUUGGCAUAACCUCACUCUUCAUCGCCUCUAAGAUGGAGGAAAUAUAUCCUCCAAAGCUCCAAGAGUUUGCUUAUGUGACUGACGGGGCGUGCAAUGAGGAGGAGAUUCUAGCAAAAGAGCUUGUGAUGUUGAAGGCAUUAAAAUGGGACCUCUGUCCAGAGACUGUCAUCUCAUGGUUGAAGCUCUACACUCAAGUUUACUCUCUACAGGAUGAUGCCGAUUUCCUCGUUCCUCAGUUCUCUCAGGAAACGUUCAUUCAGAUCACACAGUUGUUGGAUCUUUGCAUUUUGGACAUUAAUUGUUUGGACUACCAGUAUGGAGUUUUAGCUGCUGGAGCGUUUUGUCACUUUACAUCAUUUGAAACGGUCUAUAAGGUAUCAGGGUUGACAUGGGAGAGUAUAUCAAGCUGCGUUCGGUGGAUGAAUCCAUUUGUUAGGACGGUGCGUGAGUGGCCUGGACCGCAGUUGAAGGACUUCAAAAAGGUGACGACAGAAGACCGUCAUAAUAUACAGACCCAUGUGGACUACCUGUCCAUGCUGAGUGAAGCACAUGACCGGCAACAGGACAGUUUGGAUCGAAUGUCUCCAUUGGCUAUAGGGGGAUUAUUGACCCCACCUAAAAGCACAGAAAAGCCUCCUAAUGUGUGAUCGGUAUGAGGAAAACAUAUUGGAGCCUGUCCUCCAUUUAAAUACUGUUUCAUCAUAAAGACCUCCUAGUCUAUGACACCCAGAGAGACUAACAGCUGUUUGCGGUACCUCAAUUCAUUUCACAGCUGGGUUUUGUACAGUUGUUUUUGGGAGGUGUAUGUGAAAAAGCGACAUACAGCUGAGAAGCUGUAGGUCACAGACUUUCCAGACCUGUGAACUUAAAGGGAGAGUCCUUUGACAUGGUUUCUCAAAGCAGUAUUUGAAGUACUCAAAGUGCCUGCCAUCAAAGAAUGGAUGGUAAUCCAUGUAUUAAUCUAGAAUAAGGAAAGUGCAACGUUCUUGCACUUAAAAACGUGCAUUUGGCCAUGUUGCAAGUUAAAGGGUUGUCUACACAAAUGCUGCUCCUUCAUACAACAAAUGUUACAGUUUAUGUUUUGUAAAUUUGAUUUAAUUGUAUUAUGAAUGUGUUGUGAAACUGUUCUGAAUCUGCUUUUCCAAUAACUUGGUGCUUGGUCAAACAUGCUUGUUGUACAGGAAAACCCUGUAUGUCUAGCAGUGUCUGUUAUGGCGAAUGUUUGCUUUUUAAAAUAUUGUUUUGAGUCAUUCCCACGCAACUUCAUUUUCAUGGACAUUCCUGAAAGACUUGACUGUUUUCACCCCCUCGGAAGUUUAACCAAACUAAACAUUUUCAAUUAAAUUUGCAUAUUUAUUUUACUAUUGGUAGAUUUUUAGACUUGAUAUUUGAAUUGCAAUUUCUAAAUUCCUCAAUGCCAAAGGCAUAUUUAAUGAAUUUGAGGUGCUUCUUAUUUAUGAAUUUAAUGCUGUAUGUUUGUUGUGUAGCAUAGCUUGAUUUCAAAUUUUUUACUUCUGGAUUUAAGAGCCAGUGUUUGUAAACUACACUGAACACAUAAGACCACUGUUAAAUAAUGAAUUGUACAUAAGAUGUAUAUGCUUACAAAUAGCAAUGUCCUCAGUGUUGUAAUGUGAAAAUAUUAA